GCCCCCCUCUCUACGCCAUGGAGCCCCCGGCGAAGCGACUGCGCAUCCUGCGGUCCGUCGAAGUGGACGAAGAGAACCCCGACUAUAUCAAUGCGAAGCAGAAACAAGAACAGAAGUUCAAGGGAAGCCUGGAGUCAAUAUUCGCCAAGUAUGAGAACAUGCACGAGUCCAUGAGCGACGAGAUCGAUAUGCGAGAGAACAGAGUAGUCGUGGAUAGAGGGCAUUUGCGAAGAUUGGUGCGCCAGGUCAAUCGGAAGGAGACAGUACUGUUGGAUACCUUGGGCAUGGUAGCCGGACAGGACACGGAGGAUGUUCCUGACGGAGUAGCAAACAGCGAGGACUCAGAAGACGAAUUGGCGCCUACGCAGCGACCAGAGUCGAACAAGAGGCGGCUUGACGACACCACCAAGGGACAACAGCAACCAUUUGCAGAGACAGUCGCGCAGCCUCCACCUUGCGAUAGUAACCAGCGAAUUUUCCAACACAUAUCUACUCCAGCAAGCGCGACAAUCCAAGCUGGUGCACAACAAAUCCCUAAUACGCCAAACCCCGCCGCAAACCUGCUGCAGCUCGUGCAGUUUCCACAAACACCAGCAGGACAGCAGGCACAGAACACCUUCUACACGACCUUGACUCAGACAAUUGACCACGCAGUACAACAGGCUGUUAUUCCCUUAUUCUCGAGUAUAUUCGCUACUACACCAAACGUACAACUACCUCUUCCGAACGUCCUCCCUACACCGACUACACCUGUUACCAUUGGCGAUAAGAUUGCACCUGCAACGGACCCAAAAUGGUUCUUCCCACCAUUGUCUGCUGAACCGCGGGAACAACACUUGGCCCGGUCAAGUCCCAUUUCAGCGCCUGUUAGCACGUCCGUCCUCAAGAUCAAGCCUGUCCAGGAAAUCGAGAAGGACACCUCCCACCAAAAUCAAGACCACAAGGCAACGAGGAUAAGAUCAGAGAGUUCCCGAGAAAUAACCAGCGUGGGACCGGCUUCGAAUUGCUCGAUUGUGAGAGAACAAGCUUCCUCAAACCCCCAAUCUCGUCGAGCAAGCCCUCGUGUGGAGAUUAGAAAGAGACCAGUAGGCAGAUCUAGGACUUACCACUUUACCGAAGAAGACGAUGUAUAUAUCAGCAAGAGAAAACAACUACACAAGCGCACCUGGGCUGAGAUAAAGAACAGUAAACAGAAAUGGGAAGGUUGGCCAGAGAUCGUAUUUGCAACGCGAUGGAGUAAGCAUCUUAAAGAUAAGAAACUCAAUCUGGAAAAGGUUCCCGCAUCAAUUCUAGGGCCUCGAGAACCCUCCAUACCUCCGACCGCGCUCGACAAAGGCCAUUUCUUGAUAAAUCAACAAACUUCGCCCGCCGAGACACACCACCUGCCCACUCCAAGCUCCUUGGAGGACGAGGAUCGCCAGGGUCAAUUUGAGGAAUUCGAAUCAGAACCGUGUAGUAAUGUGUUGUCGUCAAGCGCACAUUUUGACGAUGACGAGCGCGAGUUAUUGUCCUUGGAUGGCAGUGACACAGACGAGGAGCAACUUCCAGUCGUAAAUGAAAAGGAAACAUUCUAUACUACCCACGCGGACAUGGUCCUACCUUCCGUUGAGACGAACGCCUUUGUCGAUGAACACACACUCCAGCCAGACCUACUUGAAGAGCCACUUGUCGCAGACGCUGUUCCUACUGCCAUCGUGGCCCCUAUGGAUACUAUCAAGAUCGAGCCUCUACACACCUCACCAAGUAGCAAGAGAAGACGAAAGACAACACCCAUUGACUUUCAAACAGUGCCAGACUCCGAGGACGAAGAACAGGGGGAUGCUGAGCUCGGCAAUGUAAAUAAGAACUCUGCAAGAACGUCGGGUGGUGCUUUCCCUUGCGACAUCUGCCAUAAAUCGUUCAAAUCCGCAAAGAAUCUCGAACGACACCAAGCGAAACCCCGCGCAAUGCACAACAUGACACCCAAGAGCGUUUCCGUUGAUCUUGUCGGCGAUGAUGAGAUUCAAACACCUCGUACUCCCUACAUCAAGCGCGAGUUCAGCACGCCUCCACCUACUAGUUCCCUUCUCAGUACGUCUGCUCUUCAAACCCCGAAAUUGUCGUUGCAGCACUCGGGUGUACUUUCAUCAAGUUCCAAGUCUACUUCGAAACUCAACAGGAAAACCUUCUUGAAGCAGAUCAAGCAGUCGUGGACUAAGAGAUCAACGCCGCGUCCGAAGACAUUGGCAACCAGAAGGAGCUUUCACACUGUACCGAUGAAAAGAGCUUGGGCUGGUGAUACGGAUAGUGAGGAUGAGCUUGCGAUGUAA